AUUGAUAGGCCGCCCUGGAGCUACGGGAAGCAACAUGUGGUUUUCAAGUGUAGUUGGAUUAUCUAAUGUGAUUAUUUCAUGAACAAAAACAAAAGAGUGCCACCUCCAUGGAAUGAUAUUUCAAUGUUGUCAUUUUCUUUUUUUCAAUAACUAUUUUAAGGAAGGAAAGGUCUGGAUAACAAAGUGAUAAUACACAAAGGGCUCUUAUAGCCUAGGGCUUUAUCAAGUCUAAAUCCGGCUCUGUUUAUACAUUUUGAAAGAGCAAUUCUGGUGUUAUGUUGUUUUUACACGAGACACGAGGAGCCGCGCUAGUCACACCUACCACUGAUUUGCCCACUCCUUUUAGAAGAGAUUGUUUGCUCUUUUAAUUGUUGAAGUGCCGGUGGUAAAUUGUGACAUUUUUGUCACAUCUGUGACACAAUACUUUGAAGUUCACAUUCUUUUGAUGAAUACACACUGAGAGUAUAUAGGCCCUAAGCCUACUUAUUUUCUCCGCUUGAUGUGUACCAAGGCCACUGAGCUACAGAAAAGCCCCAAAAUGUUCUGCCAGAGACUGCCCUCGUAAUAUCUGUCAACUGAUCGCUGAUUUGUCAUACCUUCAGCUAAGUGUCACGUGUCAAUACCGGCUUACAACAGCGCAUCUACUGCUUGAGACUAUGCCAUAUCUAUCUGAUGUAUGUAUUGGACGACGGUCAUUAACACAGGAGGACCCACCAGAUAGAGCUACGUGGAAAGUCCACACGAGUGGAUGGUUCUGGGCUGUAGCAUGGGCGAGAUGAUGCCAUUCGGAAUGUUGAGACCACUCAGAGGAGUUAUUUUCUGUACAUAUCACUGUGAGGAUUAUAUACAUUUACAUUGGACUUCAUUAUUUCAAAAAUGUUUGGACCGUUUCUGACACCAGAUGUAAUUCCAGCUAAGAAAUAUCAACGAUUCACAUUAGGAGAGGAACAUUGAAUGAGAUUUUGGUUAUUUCAUUAAGUUUUACAGUCAUUUCGGUCAUUAGUGCCAGUUGUCGUGAUUAUGUGCUGAAUCGGUCAACAUAACCCUGGGCCAUGUCUCUUCUCGUGACAUCCUGCACCAUGGGUAAGCAGCCGGACAGGCUACUGCACAAGGGUCCGGCCUACCUGAAGACUCGCACUAACAUGGGCUUAUUCGCACAGAACAGAAAGAGCGCCGUGGAGCUUUUGGCUGCCAGCAAGGCUCAAUUUUAUCUGAAGAGCUCUGUCAAACUGGAACAGCACCAGGACCUGGCUGUGUCAGAUGGACAGAACCAAAGGUUUAGCUCUAAGGAAAGUAAACAGAAGGAACCAACUAGAUCCAAGUCAGAGUUUGAUCUCAGUCAGAUACUCCUCUACAAGGUCGAGGAUGAAAAUGAUGAAAAUAACAAUGAUACCAGCAAUGACUCCAUUGUGUCUGAAAAAGAUGUCCAAGCUACUGUCCAGAAACUUUAUCUAAAACACACUGCCGAGAAGGACACAAGUGAAGAAAAAACAUCAACACCCGCAAGUUUUAAUCCUGAGAAUGUGAAAGGGAAAGACACUUUGUCCUCAGGCUUCAGUGUUAACAAAAUAUCACUCAGUGGUGAAGAGACAGAUGCCUGUCGCCAAACUUCUCUUUCUAUUUCCUCAGCUACAUUAGAAAGUAAACUUGAAGAUAAUACUGCGUCUGAUGCAUCUCAGGACAAUGUCAAAUUGACAAAACCUGUUCCCUUGCCCAGAAGGUUAAGAGAAAAACCUGUUCCACCCCCUAGAAAGUAUAGAGUGUCUGCUGUUAUUUUAAGCUCAGAGCCUGACCCUCUAGAACCUCCUGUGUACACUGUGACUAAAAAAGAUGUUUUAACACCAACAGAUUCACCCAAGUCUGUCACAAGAGUAUCUUCUAGAUCUGAAACUAAACCUGCCAUUCCUAAAAAGCCUGUUGUACUGAGCAAUACAACUAGAGAUGAGGGAUUGUUCACCUCGAGAAGCACAAGUCAAAUUAGCAUAAAAUCUUCCCCAGAGGUGGAAAAAACAAAUACUUACACUGCCAAACCCAUAUUUAUUAGCAGUCCAGUGGUGAAAUCUGAACAUUUUCAGGCCAAGCCAGUAUACAUAUCUGAGUUAGGUGUGACACUGACACAACGUAGUCAGACUGUUACUUCCAACAGAGAUUUCCUUGACAACAAGAGCAAAAAGCAAUGCCCUGACUCCGUUUCAACCAAAUCUGUUUUGUGCAAAAGAAACAGUACUGGCAGUUCUGACAGUUCAAGUUCUAAAAAUAGAUUGACACAUACACUUAAGUCUGAAAUACUAAAUCAAACGGACUCGAAAUUGGAAAUGUCAAUAGAGAGUGCUGAGCAGGCAGUUUAUCAAUCAGACAUAAGUGUUGUACCACUGGCCUCAAUGGAGUCAGAGCUGGAUCAAAGUGAAGAUGGGGAGGUGAGGGAGGUAAGUAGGGCCAAUUCCUCUCUCAGUGGAACAUUAGACCAACAAGAUGCUUCCCCUCUAUCGUUAUCACCCACGCCUUACAGUUCAUGUGUACCUCGGUCUCAUUCAGACAUAAGCUGUCGAUUGGAAAGUCAGCAUUCUCGGGAUAGUUCUAUUGUAUCCAGUCGUAGCAGGUUGUCUCGAGCCAGUGCUGGGGCAGAUUUAGAAAAUUUUUUUAACCAGAUGGGGCUUGAAAAGGGUGUGCUAGAGCCAAUCAACAGACUGAAAGAACUUCAGACCAGUGAGGUUUUUGAAAGCAUGAGCUCCCUGGACUCUCAUGAUGCUGCCAGUAUUUGCAGCACAUACUCACGCAGUGAGCAAGAGUGGAGUGAGAGUCAGUCCAUGGACCGCAGCCAUCACCAAACCUCAAUUAUUGAAAGAAAUGCUAGAAUCAUCAAGUGGCUUUGUAAUGUUCGAAAAGCGAAGAAUCCCGCAAAAACUGAAAUGGCUGCAGGUGGUAAGGAGUAAUGGCAAUAUUGCUAAAUUUCAAACUUUAUUAUUUAAAAAAUGUGGACUAAACAAUUGGUGGAAUAACAUUUGGUGAAAAAAAAAAGUUCUUUUUUUUUUACUUCAUUUCAAAAACAUUUGUUUCAUUUGAAAAGCAAUAUACACUGGGGACCGAACUAUUUGGCAGCCAAAUCAUAUGCAUUUUAGUAAAAUCUUCACUUUUUUUCUUACCCAAAAGUGGAUUUUUUUCUCCCUUUAUUUGGGUAUAUUUUUUACAAAAAUUUGAUGCCUAUUUGUUUUUUAUUUUGACCAUCAAACAAAAUAUGACCAAUUUCUUGUGCUGGUUUAAAGUACUUUUUGCUUCAAAAUAUCUUCCUUUCUAAAAAUUGUAUGUUUUGGUGUUUUAUGAAGCUAUUCCAUCUCUUAUUGAUUUUUAAUGGAAUAGGCCUAUAUACAAUAAUUUAGACACGUUUUAUGCUUCAUCUGGAAUUUUUUAAAACACUUUUUUAGAGGGAGAAAAUCUUUGACCAUUUUUAAUGUUUCAGUAUAGUGUGCAUAUGUCUUGCUAUAAGCAUGCUCACUGUGCUCUGGUCCAAUCUCUUUUGUGGAAUCAUGUGGGAAGGGAGGUAUCUGGAAGUAGUUUUCCAUGCUGCCUUUAGGAGCUCAGUAACACAAUUCUGCUUGAGACUGGAUCUGAACUCCAGCCCCCUUGAUAGGUAGCCAAGCCUAUCUGCCACACAUCCCACAUUAAAACAUUUUGUAAAUGCUUGCCCUGUAUUUGUGUCCUCUAAUCAAAAACAUUCUGAAUGCAGACUAUUGCCUACUUUAAGCUUAGGUAAAUAGUUCUUUACCAUGCAUACCUCUGUCUUGACACAGAUGAAAUGUUCAAUUAAGUCAUAAUUAAAAUCAGUGACACAUUUUGAGAGAAUAUGUAAAUAAAAAAUUAUUUCAUUUUGGCUUUGAACAGAACAUCAGAAAGUCUAGAUAUCAAGAUGUGAUUAAGUUGCAAGCCUUAUGUUUUGUUUUUAAUUCUUGCAAAGUAAUGCUUUGUGUAUUAGUUCUUUUUGAAAUUGUCUGAGUUAUUGGUGGAUUAUAAUCUUCAUAAGUGAAAUUAAAAUGAAUUUAGUCAUAGCUUGAAAUCUAGUGCUCUUUUUCCAAGACUGAAGUGAUCUAAUUAUCAAUAUUUGCUCUUACUUAUAAAUAUGAACAUUUAGUAGCAUGCUCAAAGGGUAAAAGUGUGAGGAAAAUAAUUUAAAAUCUAAAUCUCGCCCUGUACUGUGAAAUAGCUUCAGGUCUAGUUAAAAACAUAAAUAUUGCACCAAGAUUUUUUUAUAUUUGCAAAGUUUUUUUAUUUUUUUGAGUUUUAAAUUUACUGGACCCUUUGUGAAGAGAAAAUUGUAACUCUGAGUACCACUUGUACACAUAUAUGAACGUGCCUCUUAUUUUUUUAAUGUUCAUUUCAGUUUAUAUGCAUAUGUCAACAUAAUUUAAUAUAUCAACUGUGUUCCAACCAGGUUUUUGUACUAACAAAUGCUAAGUUUUUACUACCAUUAUUGUAUUCAACAUUUCAUUUUUUAAUUGUCUAUUAUUGGGAUUGUUUGUAUUUUUCAACUUGAGGUUAUCGGUUUAAUAUUGUAAUUUAUCCAUGAUCUGAAUUUUGCUAAGAACAAAUUCUUAGAAUGUUUAAACAAUUUUGCAAAUCUUUUCAGUGCAAGAAAGCUAUGGACCUCCACAACUAGUGUUUAGUCUCUAUACGCAUAGAAGUUUGGACCUAUUAGUUUUUUCAAACUUCUUAGAAGCUGUAAGAACUACAAAAAUAUUUUAUUUACAUUAUAAUAGAUGAAACUUUUAUAAAGUUAAUUUUGUUUGUAUGUAAUGUGUAGCAUAAUAGACUUUUCACUUGAUUAGUUUUAUUAAAUCUACAAUACUGGUGUAUCAUUUAUUUCAGGAUAUGGUAAAAAGUAUAAUGCUUUGUUGUUUUUUUUUCUAUGUUAGAUAAUUUUAAUUUUAUCUCUUCUGAUGGGACUUGUGGCAUUCACGCCUCCUGUUCCUGCUCAGCAUAGAAAUGAAAUAGGUCUCAUAUCAAAUGGGACUAAAUAGUAAAUAUUAUCUAUUAUUAACAUUUCAGUUCAAGAUAUUGAUUAUUUAUAUUGAUAAUAUCAACUUGAAUUUUUAACAGGAUAUAAUCAUAUUAAUUAUAACAAUAGAAAGAAGAGCUGUUAUACUUUUUGCUUAAAGUUUUAAAAUAUUUAAGUUACAUUAUACAUUAAAUUUUUAGAAAAAGAUAUUUUAGGGAAUUAAAUAUAUUUUUAAAAAUACUCCCUUAUUUAAAGCAAUGAAUAAUUGAAUUUUGUUUUACUCAGUAUCACUAUUUCUUAUUAUUUGUUAAGAGAUGUGUAACAAGCUUAAUACAAGCAACUACCUGCUACUUUAUUUAAGUAUUUCAUUGAUAUGAGCAUCAAUCUAUUUCUAAGCUUGUCAAUAAUUGCAACAUGUUUUAAUAAUUAAUAACAUCAUGUACAUAUAUAAUGAGUGAAUAGAUGAGUGAUGAGAAACUAUUGUGAUAUGCAAUAACAUGCAAAUGUAAAGUGUUUACUUAUUAGGUAAAUUAACAACAUCAAGGCCAAUUCUUUAUUACUCUGGUUUUGAUGUUUUUGUAGUGACAUGUCUUUCAUUGUUAUUGUAAAUUAAUUUACAUUAUUUUGCUUUUGAUUCUUCAUUGUGUCAAGUAUGCGAAUGGAACAUAAUUAAUUUUUUCUACAUAAUCAUUAACAUUAAUUUUUUUUUUUUAUUAUAUUUACCUUCUAGUGUGAUGUGAAUAAAUGUAAAAUGGCUUUUGAAACACUAGUAUUGCAAGACAGCAAUUUCUGAUUUAAAAUGUUUUGUUGAGGAAUCAGUUAGUGUAACUUUAUAUUUAAUUUUGAUAAGUUGAGCUUCAACUGUGAGACAUUUUGUUUCUAAUUAAAUAUACUAUUAAUAUAUGAUAACUGAUGUUCCCAACAAAAGGAAAUGUUGUACUUCAAAUAAUGUCAAAUUAGAUUUUAACAUCAAUUUUUAUGGCUAUUCACUUUGUAAAUAUAAUACAGAAAAGACAACUAUAGCAAUGAUAUGUAAUAUUUAAAAAAAAACUACCAGUAUAAAAUUGUGGAGAUUUAAACAUUUUUAAAGCAAUUUUUUUGUUUUGUCAUUGACCAUGACAUUUGACAAGUAUGGUAGUGUAAUAAGUGGUGUAUAAAUUCCAUUUUUUGUUUUUGUUUUAUGUAUUAGUAAUAAACAUGAUGCAGAUUAAAUA